CCAGGUAUCUGCACCACUCGAGACGUGGACAUUUUCUUCACACAUAUGAACAACGCGCGCUACCUCCGAGCGCUAGACUUCUCCCGCAUCCACUUCUACGACCGCACGGGGCUCUACGAGAAGCUCGCGGCGGUCAAAGGCGCGGCCCUGAUGGGCGCUAGUACCAUACGCUACAGGAGGCCGCUUGACAUAUUCAGCCUUUACAAAAUAGAGACCAAGAUGUUAUGCUGGGACGAAAAGACGAUCUUCCUCGAGCACAAGUUUAUCACGUUAAAGGACAACUUCGUGCGCGCCAUAGUUCUCUCACGGACGCACAUAGUGGGUCUCGACCUACCGACGGCCAUGGCGGACGUCCCCGAAGCACACAACAUGAAAACCUUUCCUGAGGAGGUGGUCCAGUGGCAGCAGUGCUUGGAGACUGCGAGCGCUAGGCUUAGGAAGAAGGAUUAGAGAAGUUAAUAAUGGUAAAGACUGACGCAUUUAUUGUUCUGAGUUGGGUUUUGGCUGGGUCACUUGUUUUGACA